GGGGGAUGAUAUUUAACCCUUGAAAUAAAAAAGAUUUCAGUUGAACUUGAGAAAAUUGGCCAUGAAGAGGGUUAUUAGUGAAGCUUGAAGCUAAGGAGGACUAAAUUAUGUGAUCGUAGCUGCGUGUGAAAUGCGUGGCAGAGUGCGGGUUGUGAUGCGCCGGGAACACAGCCCCCAUUUUCAGCGCUGAUUGGUGUUCUUUUGCGUAAAUUCCAAUCUGAUUUCUAGAUCUGGAGCUCCGCCUUUGCUUGCUCAUCAAUCCCGCGACUUUUGAGUUUCUCGGGUCGGAGGUGGCCUCUGAUCACUCGCGGAAUUGCUUGAUUUCUGACCUUUCCAUGAUUCGAUCUUAGGGCGAGGAUAGCUGUUCGAAUAACUAACUCAAACCGUACGGAAGGCCUCUUCAACGGGCUGGCAUUGAAUAAUGUCUGAAGAGGUUGAGGAAAGCAGUGUGGCAGUGGAGAACCAUGAUGUAGAUUCGAAAAAACGUGAUGGUGAUCCGGGUAACUCAAGUAAUUUGAUGGAUCAAAGUCAAGUCAAGGAGAAUGGAUAUCACGGGGACAUGGAUUCUAAUUACGGUCAAGACGAACUUGUACAGAUGGUGGUAGAACUUAAUUUCCAGAAUGAAUAUAUGAAGUCCCAAUACGAGGGGUUGAAGGAUCACCUGCUGCACUCUGACCAAUCUGGUGGAAGAGAAGUUCAGGUUCACCAUGUUUUGGGUGGUCAGGAUGAUCAGAAAAAGCUUGGUGGAGAAUUAGAAUCUCUAAGGAGAGAACUUGAUGAGGAAAGGCAAACACGAGGUGCUGUGGAAGAGGCUCUGAAGCAUCUAAGAGCAGCACAUUCUGAGGCCGACAUGAAAGCACAAGAGCUAUCUGCCAAGCUUGCUGAAGUUCAAGAGAAGAUGAAUCAAGAAAUAAAAGAGCGGGAUGAGAAAUAUUCAGAGCUCGAUUCCAAGUUGAACAGGCUUCAUAAAAGAGCUAAGCAACGCAUUCAGGAGGUUCAGAAAGAAAAAGAUGAUCUUGAAGCGCAGUUAAGUGAAGUUAAAGAGAAGUCUGACCUUGCGUCUUCCCAGCUGUCGGCAUUACAACAAGAGCUAGAUCGAACAAGACAACAUGCAAAUGAAGCACUGAAAGCAAUGGAUGGGGAGAGGCAACAACUGCGCAGUGCUAACAACAAACUUCGAGACACCAUUGAAGAAUUACGACACUCACUGGUACCCAAAGAGAAUGCUCUAGAGGCAAUGCAGCAGUCCAUUCAAGAAAAAGAUCAGAUGUUGGAAGAGAUGCGAGGUUUACUUCAGGCAGCUGAUGAAAAACGUCAAUUGUCAAUUGAGGAACUCUCUCUAAAGCACCAAAAGCAAGUAGAGGAUAUGCAAGCUCAAAUUGCUGAAGUUUUGGCGGAGAGAAGUCGAGCAGCUGAAACAAUAUCAUCUCUUAGGACUUUGGUUGCCGAGAAAGACACUAAAAUUGCAGAGAUGGAUGCAGCUUCAAGUGGUGAAGCAGCACGGCUUAGAGCUGCAAUGGAAACUUUAAAGGGAGAGCUAACUCAUAUCAGAGAUGAAAAUGAGAAAGAAAAAGAAGGUUUAGAAGCCACGCUCCAGUCCUUGAGAUCAAAGCUGGAGAUUUCUGAGAGUAGCAGGAUACGGGCUGAAGUUGAAGCAGCGAAAUUAAGAAGUCAAUUGGAGUUGGAGCUUUCUGUUCAAACUCAGAAGCUGAGCGCAAAAGAUUCUGAGAUUAACGAAGCCAAAGAAAAGAUAAAGAGCAUCGAGAGUGAAUUUGCUUCAUACAAAGUUCGGGCUCAUGCAUUGCUUCAAAAGAAGGAUUCAGACCUCGCUGCUGCUAGGGACAAUGAUCAAUUAAAAGCACUUGAGGAAGCCCUUAAGGAAGCUGAGAAGGAGAUAUUGUUAGUAUCUGCAGAGAAGGACAAGGUUCUCCAAGAUGUGAAAGAUGCUUUGACUAAUUCUGAGAAGGAAAUUUCCAGCAGGGAUGAAGCUCUCAGCACUGCUGAAAAGCAGAUCAAGAGCUUGCAACUGAAGUUGGACUCUGCUCUUUCCAUGCACCAAUCUGAGAAAGAAACAUGGGACAAAAGCCUACAAGAUGUUGAACAAACAUGGCGAUUGAGAUGUGAAACACUGGAAAGACAAAGCGAGGAGUCCUCUAGCCAAAACUCACUAAAAGAAAUAGAAGAUUUGAAGUCAACUUGUAAAAGGCUGAAGGAAGAACAAAAUUCUUUUCAAGAUCUUGCUGAUAAAAUGUUGGAGGAGAAAGACAAAGAGAUAUCUAGGAUUUUGGAUGAGAAUAAAAAUCUUCGUCAGUUGCUGGAUUCAAAGUCAUCUGUCGAAUCCCAGGAUGAAAGAACAGCUUUUCAAAAGCAGGAAGCUUGCAAUGCUAGUACUUCAAUGGCGGAGCAACAAAUACUAAUUUUGGCUAGACAACAAGCACAGAGGGAAGAGGAGCUUGCUCAAACACAGCGACAUAUUCUUGCACUUCAAGAAGAAAUUGAGGAGUUGGAGCAUGAAAAUCGCCUUCACAGGCAACAGGAAGCCAUGCUGAAGGAGGAGCUCCGGAACAUGGAGAGAGUGCAAAAGAGGGAAGGGGUGGACCUGACAUACCUUAAAAAUGUCAUCUUAAAGCUUCUAGAGACUGGUGAAGUAGAGAGGCUUCUACCUGUAAUUGCAAUGCUUCUUCAGUUCAGCCCCGACGAGAUGCAGAAAUGUCAACAAGCCUAUCGCUCUUCAAUGGAAGUUGCAGCGAGCCCUUCAACCGAUUCUGGGAGGUCACUCUUUUCUCGACUCACAUUUUCAUAGCAAAUUCGAGAGUGUAGAGGUGAGACACGGAGAGAGAUUCCGGUGCUGCUUCAUUCAUUCCAUUCCUGAAUUUUCCAUUGUUCAUGCGAUGCAAUGCAAUGCAAAUAUUUUAGAUUGCUGUCUUGAGAACAGAAUACGCCAGCGAGCAAAUGAUGAUAAAAAUGAUAGCUUUAGAGACAGUUAACACAGUGUAGCGUGCAAUUGGUUUGUUUGGUGGUUACCAAGUGUUUGUUGUACAAACUGGAUACAAUUUUCCAUAACCUUCCAAUCUCUCCAUUAUUAUUAUAUUAUCAAUUCAAUUAA